GCGUACCUUUUCCACAAAAAAAAGCAGGCGUCUCUAUGUAUGAUCCUAGAGCACUGGCGACGUUGGUUGGAUAGAGUACGAUAGCCAUUGCCAUUGGUGACUUUCACUAUGUACAUUGUAAAUCUUGGGUGACUUCUAAAAAUCUUUUGGACACGAACACUUUGUCCUUAUCAUUCUGCUAGCGCACCACUGGUGUGCAAUACAACAAAACAUGUCGGGCGACACGAAAGACGACCUGGAUGAACGGAUCUUCGUUGCCGGAAUGGAUCCCGCACGGCUUAACCAAGCCAGCGCUUACGAUGACGACGACGAUCUUGCGGCCGACGUGGUCGCCCCGCCGCCUGCCAAAAAACCGAAGCUUCAGGCGGGCGGCUCAGAGCCCAGCAAUCGGCGCAGCAAGGACGAGGAUGGAGAUGAGAACAUGACAAGUUCGGAUGAAGAAGAAUCCUCGGAAGACCUACUGGAUCUCCUCGCCGCGGGCGGAGCAGCUGCCAAUGGCCGCAGCAAGUCCACGAAAAGCAACAAGCCGGGCAUCCGCGGAAAGCGGGGACCGGAGGCGCGAAAGCGGCGGAUGUUGCAACGAAUGGAGCAGCGCAGGCAAGAAGUCGGGGAGGACGGAGAGGAAGUCGGGAAAAAAUUCACCUACGAUCCGUACUGAAUAUACGAUUUUCGUUCGAUAUUCUUAAAAUGCUUUUGACUAGCUCGUUUUCUUUCGCGUUUUAGUAUAGUGCGAAUGCGUCGUCCGAACAAAUAUUGAAAGUUCUUGACGCCCGGGAGCUUCUAGAAAUCGAAGUUGAAGUAGCCGCUGAAAAAUUGAAAUAGGAAACCAACUUCUCCUAUCAAAACAGUGUGAUCGCCAAGCACCGGAAUAGCAAGCGGUUGUUUGUGACGAAUGUGAGCUUUUCCACUUCGGAGGAGGAGAUCAAGGAGCUGUUUGAGGAGUGUGGGGAGGUACUCGAGGUCCGCAUGUCGCAGGACAAGGCCACGGAAAAGUUUUCCGGGUACUGCCACGUCGGGUUCGCGGAGCUGAAAAGCGCACGCGCGGCCAUCGAGAAGUUCCACCACCACAAACUCGAUGGCCGGUAUCUCUUCGUCUCCCAAUGCGAAGCGAAGGAAAAGAAGGACAAAAUCGAACUUCCUUUCUACGCCCUGCCGUCAACACUAGCGAACCGGGUCAGUCUGGUGGAGAAACACCCGCACUUCACCUUUCCCGACAAUGUGCAGCGACAAAUGGCGGAGCUCCACAAGCAACACAAGUACUGACUUUGAUACUUCAUCUUUUCGACUAAUCGAGUAAGUAUGGCACACAUAUCAAUCAAGAUCUCACUCCUCGAGCAGCGAAGCAAGAUAAGGAAGCCGCAGCGUUUCUUUUUCGCAGGCUCUAAUACUUUGUUGAAAGAUUUGUUUCUGAUGAGCAUGGACGAUCGGUAUCAAAACUCUGCUUUAUCCAUUGACUCACCUUUUCAGGUACGCGGGAAAAAACAUCUCCUGCAUCAAGACUGCGUGGGAGCUGACCCAUAACGACGGCGAGAAGCUGGACGUCGGUGAGUGGGGCUUCAAAAACUUUUCCGCCGCGUUUCGCACCUUUCCGUACUUCCGGAUGGAGCGCGAAGCCCCCUUCCUGAAACCGCAGCCGAAGAUCAGCGAUCCGACGGCAUCCGCUGGUUCGUCCUCCGCAACCGGUAAAGCAGAAGCGGACGGAGAGGCUCCUCAUGCUGCUGGCUCCCCAAGCCAGAAACCGAUUGUGGAAAGUAGUCGGCUAGUCGAGAAGGAGCAGAUCAAACAGCACAAGGGCAGUCUUACCUAUGUCUCCUAUCUCAGAUAGCAUUGGCUUUCUGUGGCUUUGGCGUUGGCCGCUGCGCUUGUUGACCGCAUAAAACAUUUAUCCACUAGAGUUUUACCCACAUUGACAGCGACAUAUUCUCUCAUAUUCUCAAACUGCGACGAAAUCCAAAUCACAUGAUUAUCCGAAACUGAC